AAGGGUGAGAAGCCCAAAGUCAAGGGCAAGGAGGUCGACCAGGCCAUGGUUGAUAGCUUGAUUCACGAGCACAAGUGUGGCAUCUCUAGGUUUUACGCUGAGAUGAGCCAAUAUCGACGUGCCGAGAUGCUCUGCAAAGGCAUCUUACUCACCUCGGCAGGCCAUGAGGAGUCUGUGCUGGUUCCUUCGAACGGCCCCACGAUGUUGCUGGAGGGAACAGAGGUGCGCUUCCACACCAAGUACUACGGCCGAAACCUGACAAUAAUGCAGGCUCUCUCAGACAAGUUCUUCGAGACACCGAUGUUCGGCACCGGUUCCAAGAAGCCCAUGAUCCUCCAGAGGCGACGUUCGACGACCUGCACGGAUGAUGAUCAUUGCGGCCACGGGUGGGAGCUGGCCCUCUUGGACGGCGAGGGCUCCAAGACCUACAG